AUGGGAAAGGUCGGGUCAGGUGAGAACCACGCUAUUGGUAGCACGCAGGCACGCAGGCACGCAGGCACGCAGGCACGCAUACUGCUGGCACCGCGGACGCCACACAUCCGCAUAGUGCCCCACAUUGUUGACGUGCGGCACUGCCUGUACUUUGACGUGAUGAACCGCGACGUAGCCGAGGGCACGCAGAUGAGCCGAAUUGCAUUCAAAAGCAAGGUAGUAAGCCGGAGCCACGCGGAAGUAUGGACUGAAAACGGGCAGUUCUUCAUCAAGGACACAAAGUCAUCCUCGGGAACAUUCCUCAACCACAUGCGGCUGUCGCCAGCGGGCGUCGAGAGUCGAGCGCACCCGCUGCACGACGGCGACAUCCUUCAGCUAGGCGUCGACUACCAGGGCGAUCCGGCUGAGAUUAACCGCAACUGGCAGCGCAGCAAGGAAAACCCAUUCCGGCAGCAAGUAAUGCAGAACAUCCAGAAUGCCUACCAUGCGAUCGGCACCACGGGCGAAAAGGGCGCAGGAGGAGCGGCAGCGGCAGAAAACAGCAACACCGAGUGCUGCAUCUGCCUGUACCAAAUGGCAGCGUUCCAGGCUCUGUUUGUCGCGCCAUGCUCGCACUGCUUCCACUUCAAGUGCAUCAAGCCCAUCCUGUUCACAAGCACCGGGUUCAGCUGCCCGCUGUGCCGCACGUAUGCGGACCUUGAGGCCAACGUCACCAUUGACGAGAACGAUAUGGAGGUCGACGCCAAGCAGCCGGCUGUGCUGCAGCUGCCGCCGCUCGUGCUGCCCGCCGGCAUUGCCCAGCCGCAGCCGCAGCCGCAGCCGCAGGCGGCCGUCGAUGCGGCCGUCGACGCUGUGGCGGCUGCUGAGAGUGCAGCUGCCGAUGGCUCUGCCGCUGCCGCGCCGCUGCUGCCGCCGAGGCCUCCGCUCCGCGACGAUGGCAACUCGACGCCGGUGCCGAGCGAGCAGCCGGCAGCCGACUCGUUUGGCUCGACGCCGGUGGGCAGCAUGCCGACGAAUAUGACGCAGUUUGGGUCGCUCGCUGGUGCUGAGGACAUGCAGCUUGCGUCGCCUAUGCGUUCGGCGGCUGAGGCCUGUGCUGCUGUUGGCCAGCCGGCGGAUCUGCGUCGGCAGGCGCCGCUGAAGGGGACGCGCGGACGCGGCGGCGGCGGCGGCGGCGGCGGGCAGGCAGCAGCGGGACCGGGCGCCAAUGGCAGCAGCGAGGCGCAGUGA